UGUCCCUCUUGGGGGAUUCGGGGCCGCCGGUCGCUGCGUCCCGCCGCCUGGGAGCCCCGGAAGGCCGCGCCAGGAGGCACCAUGCCCCAGACCGUAGUCCUCCCGGGCCCUGCGCCCUGGGGCUUUCGACUCUCGGGGGGCAUAGACUUCAACCAGCCCUUGAUCAUCACCAGGAUUACUCCAGGAAGCAAGGCGGCAGCUGCCAACCUGUGUCCUGGUGAUGUCAUCCUGGCUAUUGAUGGCUUUGGUACAGAGUCCAUGACUCAUGCUGAUGCACAGGACAGGAUUAAAGCAGCAGCACACCAGCUGUGUCUCAAAAUUGACAGAGCAGACACUCGCUUGUGGUCCCCACAGGUCUCUGAAGAUGGGAAAGCUCAUCCUUUUAAAGUCAACUUAGAAUCAGAACCACAGGAUGUGAACUACUUUGAACACAAGCACAAUAUUCGGCCCAAACCUUUCAUAAUCCCAGGCCGAAGCAGUGGAUGCAGUACGCCCUCCGGAAUUGACGGCGGCAGUGGACGUAGCACCCCCUCUUCUGUCAGUACUCUUAGUACUAUUUGCCCAGGUGACUUGAAAGUUGCUGCUAAGAUGGCCCCUAACAUUCCUUUGGAAAUGGAACUUCCUGGUGUGAAGAUCGUACAUGCUCAGUUUAAUACACCUAUGCAGUUGUACUCAGAUGACAAUAUUAUGGAAACACUGCAGGGUCAGGUUUCAACAGCUCUAGGGGAAGCACCCUCAAUGAGUGAAUCCACAGCCUCGGUGCCCCCCAACUCAGACGUGUACCGGAUGCUCCAUGACAACCAGAAUGAGCCAACGCGGCCCCGCCAGUCUGGCUCUUUCCGAGUGCUCCAGGAGUUAGUGAGCGACCCCGAUGACCGUCCUGCUGGAACCCGGAGUGUGAGAGCUCCAGUUACAAAAGUCCAUGGUGGUGCUGGCGGUGGACAGAAGAUGCCAUUCUGUGACAAGUGUGGAAGUGGCAUUGUCGGUGCGGUCGUGAAGGCGCGAGAUAAGUACCGGCAUCCUGAGUGCUUCGUGUGUGCGGAUUGCAACCUCAACCUCAAACAAAAGGGCUACUUCUUCGUGGAGGGGGAGCUUUACUGCGAAACUCACGCGAGAGCGCGCACGAGGCCACCCGAGGGCUACGACACCGUCACUCUGUACCCCAAAGCUUAAUCCUGCGCAGGCGGAGCACGCACGCAUGCACCCCGGCACACGGGCGCAGGAAGACAGAAUGGCGUUGGGCAGGGGUGUCCAAACCAUCAACUGCAAAGCUAGAGCUGAGGCCUUUAGACGUUUAUCUUAUCGUGUAUUGGGGGCGGGGCGGGGAGGGGAGUGAACGGGAGAGAAACUCCUGCUAUUGCACAAAAACAUGCCUUUAGCUGUGUUUUACUACUCUUUUUAUCUUUGGGGCUAGCAAUAAAGACAUUUAAAAUGGAAAAUUUUUAUAUGUCAUACUCCACAAUUUAUAUCAUAACCAUCAAACAUGUAAACAUCUAGAUAUUUAGGGGAGUCUGAUCCUCUUUCCUUGACAAGUUCAUUUAGGCAAUUGCAGUAAAUAACAAAUAGUACUGUAUUCUAACGGAGUCUGCUGUUGUCUGUGUUCUAACUAUUAUAAUGCAUGUCAGGGAGACAGUCCCUGUAUUUCUCCCGUUUCCUAUUCAAGUAAUUAUAUCACUGAAUGCAACAAGUCUAAUAAAUACAUACAUUUUUUAAAUACCUAA